AUGUUUAGUUUUGAAGGGGAUUUCAAAACCAGGCCCAAGGUGUCCCUUGGAGGAGCAAGUAGGAAGGAAGAAAAGGCUUCACUUUUACAUCGAACUCAGGAAGAAAGAAGAAAGAGAGAGGAAGAAAGGCGAAGAUUGAAAAAUGCAAUAAUUAUCCAGUCAUUUAUUAGAGGCUAUAGAGACAGAAAACAGCAAUAUUCUAUCCAAAGAAGUGCAUUUGAUCGUUGUGCUAAUUUGUCGCAGUCUGGUGGCACAUUUUCCAUUGCUAAUGGUCACAACCUUACCCUUUUGGUAAGGCAGCUUCUGUUUUUUUACAAACAGAAUGAAGACUCAAAACGUUUGAUAUGGAUGUACCAGAACUUAAUUAAAUACAGUUCUCUGUUUGUCAAACAGUUGGAUGGGUCUGAGAGACUUACAUGCUUAUUUCAAAUAAAGAGGUUGAUGAGCCUGUGUUGCAGGUUAUUGCAACAGUGUAAUGAUGACAGUUUGAAUGUUGCACUUCCAAUGAGAAUGCUUGAGGUGUUUUCAUCUGAGAAUACUUACUUGCCUGUUUUACAAGAUGCUAGCUAUGUCGUAUCAUUAAUUGAACAAAUUUUGCUUUACAUGAUUCAAAAUGGAUAUUAUAGGUCUCUCUAUUUGUUAAUUAACAGCAAGCUUCCAUCAAGUAUUGAAUAUUCUGAUUUAUGUCGAGUUCCUAUAGCAAAAAUUUUGUUAGAGAAUGUUCUAAAACCUUUGCACUUUACUUACAACUCCUGUCCAGAAGGCGCAAGGCAACAAGUCUUUACAGCCUUCACAGAGGAGUUUUUGGCAGCACCUUUUACAGAUCAGAUUUUUCAUUUCAUCAUUCCAGCAUUAGCAGAUGUACAGACUGUUUUCCCUUAUGAACCCUUUCUUCAUGCACUAUUGUUAAUAGAGAGGAGAUGUUCAAAAAAAAGUGAUGGAGCACCGUGGCUUUUCUACUUUGUUUUAUCUGUUGGUGAAAAUUACUUGGGGACCCUCUCUGAGGAAGGACUCCUAAUAUAUUUGAGAGUACUCCAGACCUUCCUUUCUCAGUUACCAGUUUCAUCAGCCAAUACAAGCUGCCAAGAUUCAGCCAGUGAUUCUGAAGAUGAGAAUGAAGAAGCAGAUAAGCAGAUGAGCAUCCCUGAGGAUGGUCGACUGUCAAUACCAUAUAUAACAGAGGAAUGUCUGAAAAAGUUGGAUACGAAACAGCAGACAAACACUCUAUUAAAUAUGGUAUGGAGGGAUUCAGCUAGUGAAGAAGUCUUUACAAUGAUGGCAUCCAUCUGCCAUAUGCUAAUGGUACAGCAUCGAAUGAUGGUGCCUAAAGUCAGGCUUCUCUACAGUCUAGCCUUUAAUGCCAGAUUCCUGAGACAUCUUUGGUUUUUAAUAUCAUCUAUGACAACACGAAUGAUCACAGGGUCUAUGGUGCCGUUGCUUCAGGUGAUAUCAAGAGGUUCUCCUAUGUCUUUUGAAGAUUCUAGUCGAAUCAUCCCACUCUUUUACCUUUUUAGCUCUUUGUUUAGUCAUUCGUUAAUUUCCAUACAUGAUAAUGAAUUCUUCGGUGAUCCCAUCAAAGUUGUAGGUCAAAGACAAUCAUCAAUGAUGCCUUUUACUUUAGAAGAGCUAAUAAUGUUAUCUCGAUGCCUUCGAGAUGCAUGCUUAGGGAUCAUCAAACUGGCUUAUCCGGAAACAAAACCAGAGGUUCGAGAAGAAUAUGUUCUAGCAUUUCAAAGUAUUGGAGUUACUACUAAUUCUGAAAUGCAGCAGUGUAUACAGAUGGAACAAAAACGAUGGAUUCAGUUAUUUAAGGUUAUCACCAAUCUAGUGAAAAUGUUGAAGUCCAGAGACACCAGAAGAAACUUUUGUCCCCCAAAUCACUGGCUGUCAGAACAAGAAGAUAUUAAAGCAGAUAAGGUCACCCAACUCUAUGUACCAUCAUCCAGAAAUGUGUGGAGGUUCCGACGAAUGGGAAGAAUAGGUCCAUUACAGUCCACCCUGGAUGUGGGUUUGGAGUCACCACCACUCUCUGUAUCUGAGGAAAGACAACUCGCCGUUCUAACAGAAUUGCCUUUUGUAGUUCCAUUUGAGGAACGUGUAAAGAUCUUUCAAAGGCUGAUUUAUGCAGAUAAACAAGAAGUUCAAGGAGAUGGUCCAUUUCUGGAUGGAAUUAAUGUCACAAUAAGAAGAAAUUACAUUUAUGAAGAUGCUUAUGACAAACUUUCACCAGAAAAUGAGCCUGAUUUGAAAAAGCGGAUCCGUGUGCACUUACUCAAUGCUCAUGGCCUGGAUGAAGCCGGCAUUGAUGGUGGCGGCAUUUUCAGAGAGUUUUUAAAUGAACUACUGAAAUCUGGAUUUAACCCCAACCAGGGUUUUUUUAAGACUACUAAUGAAGGGCUUCUGUACCCCAACCCAGCUGCUCAGAUGCUUGUUGGAGAUUCUUUUGCCAGACAUUACUACUUCCUAGGCAGAAUGCUUGGAAAGGCUCUCUAUGAAAAUAUGCUGGUGGAGCUUCCUUUUGCUGGCUUUUUCCUCUCAAAGUUGCUGGGAACUAGUGCAGAUGUGGACAUUCAUCAUCUAGCUUCAUUAGAUCCUGAAGUAUAUAAGAAUUUGCUCUUUCUUAAGAGCUAUGAAGGUGAUGUGGAGGAACUUGGGCUGAACUUUACUGUGGUGAAUAAUGAUCUCGGAGAAGCACAGGUAGUAGAACUAAAAUUUGGCGGAAAAGAUAUUCCUGUUACAAGUGCUAACCGAAUUGCAUAUAUCCAUCUUGUAGCCGACUACAGACUAAACAAACAAAUUCGCCAGCAUUGUCUGGCUUUCAGACAGGGUCUGGCCAAUGUUGUUAAUCUUGAAUGGCUCCGAAUGUUUGAUCAGCAAGAAAUCCAGGUGUUAAUUUCUGGUGCCCAAGUUCCCAUAAGUUUAGAAGACUUAAAAUCCUUUACAAACUAUUCAGGAGGCUAUUCUGCAGACCACCCUGUAAUUAAAAUCUUCUGGAGAGUUGUAGAAGGGUUCACUGAUGAAGAAAAGCGCAAGUUGCUCAAGUUUGUGACAAGUUGCUCUCGACCGCCUCUCUUGGGAUUUAAGGAAUUGUAUCCUGCAUUUUGCAUUCACAAUGGGGGCUCUGACUUAGAGCGGCUCCCCACUGCCAGUACCUGCAUGAACCUGCUGAAGCUCCCUGAAUUUUAUGAUGAGACACUUUUACGAAGUAAACUUCUAUAUGCUAUUGAAUGUGCUGCUGGGUUUGAAUUGAGUUGA